AUGAACCCAGACACGCUCGAUGACGAAGCUAUCAGCUCAUACUUAUCAUUCACUAACACUAGCGAUGUCCAGGCUGCCCGCCAUGCGUUGCAACUAGCCAAUGGAAACUUGGAGGCAGCAGUCGAAGCAUAUCUGGAUUCACACAGUCAUCCGACCUCAGCGUUACUAUCCAAUGACCAAGAACGGUCGAUAUACGAGCAGCUAUCGCUAGACGACUCUUCCCAAUCCGACCGCAACCUAGCCUCCGCAAAUGGCCCUCCAAACGGCUCUGCCACUGCGUCCAACCAACCUGCCUCUGCAGGAAGAUCUAGACCCUCGAGGGCGUUCGAAUCGGCCCCUCGUCCCAGACGGUCUUCCUCUAAACUACUGAGCUUUUUCUUCAGACUUUGGAUCGGGCCGUUCAGAUUGAUUGCUAUUCCUGUCUCUUUCGUGGCCGAUCUGGGACUGACAGUAUUCAGCUUACUAGGGAGAUUAUUAGGGUUGAGAUUACCGACGAUAUCAUUCCACUGGCCACGGCCCUCCUCAUUUGGCUGGACAAGUGGGCCGAUGCCGCGGACAGAUCCACGGACGGCGGCGGAGAGAUGGGUGCGAGAGCUCGAGGAAGAACUCCAGGCGCGUUCCUCCUAUACUACUGCUCAACCAGGCGACCCCGCAAUCCCCAGACUACCCGAAUUCUUGCUCCUCGGUUACGAUGAUGCUGUCCAGAAAGCUAGAGAGGAACUUAAGGUUCUCAUGGUCGUAUUGGUCUCUGAAGAACAUGACGAUGUCUAUCAAUUCAAAAGAGGUACUUUGAUGGAUGAGGAAUUACUGAAUUUGCUGCGCACAAAAGAUAUUUUGGUAUGGGGAGGGGAUGUCAAGGAGAGGGAUGCAUCUUUUGCGGCCCAUGUUCUUGAUGUGACCACGUACCCAUUCGUUGCAUUUGUUUCAUUGCAGGCUAAACGGCCCUCAUCAACCGUAACAACGAUCACCUCGAGCGUGAACCGGUCGUCAUCGAAUGUGAUGUCAGUAUGUACACGACUGGAGGGAUCGCCGAUGCAUUCGACAUCGAGUCGCUCGCUAUGUACGACGAUCAACAAUGUAGUAAUUCCACGGACCAAUGGAUAUCUGAGUCGACUAAGAGCGGAGAAGGCACGCUGGGAAGCUGAUCGACGGUUACGGGAGCAGCAAGACCGGGCGUAUGCCGAGGCAGGCAGACUAGAUCGGGAACGGGUGAUGCGGAAGAAGGCGGAGAUGGAGGCGGAACGGAAGCGGGUCGAGGAGCUGCAACAGAGGCAACUCGCCCGAGAGAAAGCCCGCCAAGAGCGGCUUGAAGAGGCUGAGCAGAAACGGCGGUGGCGGUACUGGGCCCGUCGGGAGAAGAUGCCCUCCGAGCCUCCUUCCACCGGCGGCGGGGUGACGAUCGGCUUCCGACUGGGCGAUGGACGGAGGGUGGUCCGCAAGUUCGCGCCAGACGCCCCUCUCGAAGCGCUCUACCUCUUCGUAGAACUGGAGUCUGCGUCGGCGGCAAUCCAGGAGGAAGAUUCUUCGGCACCUCUAGCUCGUCCAAGCCCGGACUACCGACACUCAUACUCUUUCAAACUUUCCACUGCCAUGCCUCGUCGUAUCCUCCCUCUCCCCGACCCUUCUCCCGACAACUGCUCUGAUCAUCAUCAGAUCUCUAUCGCUAAGUUCGGCGGCCUCGACGGCGCCAACGUUAAUGUCGAGGGCAACUUGGUUCGCAACCAGCAUCUGAAGCGUCUAGGAACUCGUGUUCCGUUCGGGAUGACUCCCGCGAGGCGAGCGGUGUCCCAGGCCAUGUGCAAAUGA